GCGAUUCGGCAACGAAUGAGCACCUCGCUUUCCGUACGCUGCGGCUGCGACGGCGGUCCUGUCUUCCUUCUCCUGCUGUGGUGCCAAAGUCCCUCACGGCAUCCAUCUGUCCUUAAGUCUGGCCGGUGCCACCUCUCUCCGCAAUGCCCCCCAAGAAACAGGCUCAGGCCGGGGGCAGCAAAAAGGCGGAGCAGAAAAAGAAGGAGAAGAUUAUUGAGGACAAAACCUUUGGUCUAAAGAAUAAGAAAGGAGCAAAGCAACAGAAGUUUAUCAAGGCCGUCACUCAUCAAGUCAAAUUUGGUCAACAAAAUCCACGGCAGGUAGCACAAAGUGAAGCUGAAAAGAAGUUGAAGAAAGAUGACAAGAAGAAAGAAUUGCAGGAGCUAAAUGAGCUGUUCAAACCUGUAGUUGCUGCUCAAAAAAUAAGUAAAGGUGCAGAUCCCAAGUCCGUGGUGUGUGCCUUCUUCAAGCAAGGACAGUGUACUAAAGGAGAUAAGUGCAAGUUCUCUCAUGACCUGACUUUGGAGAGGAAAUGUGAAAAACGGAGUGUUUACAUUGAUGCAAGAGAUGAAGAACUUGAAAAAGAUACAAUGGAUAAUUGGGAUGAGAAAAAGCUCGAAGAAGUAGUGAACAAGAAGCACGGUGAGGCGGAAAAGAAAAAACCAAAAACUCAAAUAGUCUGCAAGCAUUUUCUUGAAGCUAUUGAAAAUAACAAAUAUGGCUGGUUCUGGGUGUGCCCUGGAGGGGGUGAUAAUUGUAUGUAUCGACAUGCACUUCCUCCUGGAUUUGUGUUGAAAAAAGAUAAAAAGAAAGAGGAGAAAGAAGAUGAAAUUUCAUUAGAAGAUCUCAUUGAAAGAGAGCGUUCUGCCCUAGGACCAAAUGUUACCAAAAUCACUCUAGACUCUUUCCUCGCGUGGAAGAAAAGGAAAAGACAAGAAAAGAUCGAUAAGCUUGAACAAGAUAUGGAAAGAAGGAAAGCUGACUUCAAAGCAGGGAAGGCACUCGUGAUCAGCGGCCGAGAGGUGUUUGAAUUCCGACCGGAACUGGUCAACGACGAUGAUGAGGAAGCAGACGACACGCGCUAUACUCAGGGCACAGGUGCUGACGAGGUUGAUGAUUCAGUGAGCAUAAACGACAUUGACUUGAGCCAGUACAUCCCAAGAGAUGUAGAUGAGACAGGCAUUACUGUAGCCAGUCUGGAAAGGUUCAGCACAUACGCUUUGGAUAAAGAUGAAAACAAACUAAGUGAAGCUUCUGGAGGUAGGGCUGAAAAUGGUGAACAAAGUGACUUGGAGGAGGACAACGAACUGGAUGGACAGGAAAACAGAGCCAUCGGAGCCAUUCCUGUUGAUGAAAAUCUUUUUACCGGGGAAGAUCUGGAUGAGUUAGAAGAAGAAUUAAACACACUUGAUUUAGAAGAAUGACACCAAGCAAGCCAAGGAAAAGAUUAAGUCAGCUCAGCAUGAGUUGAAAUUGACUACAUUCAUUUUGUUCACCUAGAAUCAACAGAAUGUUCGUUUCCCAUCCUGAUUCUGGAGGGCUUACUCUCCUCAAAAAAGGAAUACUCUCCCUGCAUCUUCUCUCCUGACUUUGGCUACAUCUCAUAGUAAGUUCAUCGUAGUUCAUGAUAAAAUGAAAUAUAAAAGUCAUUGCAGAAAAUGAUUGUUGUAACUGUCCACUCAAGUAGGAAGUGUAACUGCUUUUCUGG